AGGUUCCAGUGCUGCUGGUAUUUCACCAGAAGUGGCCGAGGAAUACAAGUUGUGGUUGAAAUUUAACAAAGAACCAUGGACAGACAUUUUGGAUAAGUGGAACCAGACGAGAAAAUACAGACUGGCAUAUAUUGCUGAAGAAAGAUAUACAAUCCUCGAUAUCCUUACAGAAUGGCCUAGCCUUAAAAUGAGCCUAGGAUAUAAAUUGGUUGAAGCAGAUUUUGACGCUAUGCAUCCACAUUGCGAACUUAAUUUGUUUAAAAAAUGGCCAUUAUUUAUGGCAAAAGCAAGACCCAUAUUGAAAAAUCUUAAAUCACCUGAUGUCAAUUUACUGGAUGAAGAACUUGAAGAAGAUGCCAGAGACUACAUUUUCUUCAAAUUAAUGUCGUACAAGAUGCCGCCUACGGUUAAAGUGCCAAUAAAAGAAAAUGGAAAAAAACGAUUUUACAAACCCAGCAUUGUGGAGUCGCAGAAUUCAUUUAUUUUACACGUUACGAACCAGAGUGAAAUUAAAACCAAACUGGAGCAAUACCAGAAAAUGCAUCUAGCCAGAGGAACCACUUUCCAACCGCUGGUGAUUGUUGUCGGACCAACGAGCAGGGACUUGCAACAUUUCUACGUAGCAGUUGAAUCAGUUCUCUACAAGGUAGACCAACUGCUAAAAGCUGUCGAUGUGUGCUUUAAAUUAUUUAAUACUGUAAAUUUGCAGUACCCACUAGAAUGUUUAAGUGUAUGGCAAUUCAUACAACGUUUUUUCUAUGACUUUCAAAACAAAAAUGACAAGAAGAUCUCCUGUGUCUAUUGUUUCAUAUCGGAUCUGAUGUAACUGAGUAGGUAUCUUUCAAAAACUAAAGAAAUUCUUGUGGUUUGGGAUAGUAGUCUAGUGACGAUGUUUAUUUGUUUCAAGUGUUUGUUUGAAACAGCAAACCAUCAAGAUCUUAUUCACCAUUUGAAAUUUAGUCACGAUCUAUAUGAUAACUCGAUUUAUCGAUGUGCACAAUCGAAUUGUUUCAGAGAAUUUCAAUGUUUACGUUCCUUUCGUCGUCAUAUAAUUAGUCAUAAUGUCUCGGACCGGAACAUAUCUUCAGAAUUUAACCCGCCACUUAACUUUAACACUGAGAACGUUAUAGAUAAUACUCCGGAUACGUGUAGCGUUAAUGUAUGCUGUAGUAGUCUGCAACCCACAUCUGAAAGUUUAAUUAAUAAAGAAGAAAGUUUACGGAAGUCUACUGCAGCAUUUGCAUUAUCGUUGUAUAGCAAUCCUUAUUUAAAUCGUAAAUGCGCUAGGAAAAUUAUGGACGACGUUUCAGAACUAGUAACUGGUGUCAUUGGAACUAUAUUGUCUGAAUUCUCACCUAAUGACCAAACAUCGAAUAAAAACAUAGUUGAAGCAAUUUCCCAUUCUUUUGACGGCUUGGAUACUGAAAGCCAAGUCAUUAAAUAUCUUUCUGACCUUAAUAUUUAUGUACCUCCAAAAAAAUUUACAAUUAAUGAAAAUGUAACUGUAAAUACAGGAAAUUCUACGAUAAUGCUAAGACCUAAGUCGGAAACUGGAGCGAUCGUACCUUUAGGAGCAGUUUUAAAAAAAAUAUUCCAACUUCCAAAUUUUCUUAAAUUCAGCACUUCUAGUAUUCCUGACACCCAAUCUAUAUCAAAUUUUAUUCAAGGUAAUAUCUGGAAACAAAAAAUGGUCGGAAAAAUGGAUGAAAAGAGCUUAUACAUUCCAUAUUUUCUCUAUUUUGAUGAUUUCGAAUGCAAUAACCCCCUCGGUAGUCAUGCUGGAAUCCAUUCUAUUGCUGCUACCUAUUACACAUUUCCAACGUUGUCAGCAGAUCAUGCCUCACUAUUAGAAAAUAUAUUUGUUGCAAUGUUACAUAAAUCGUCUAGCAAAAGUCAUGGAAAUGCUGCAAUUUAUUACGAACUUAUAAGGGAGUUGAAGAGUUUAGAACAAGACGGCAUAGAUUUAGAAACCAGUGAAGGUAAUAUUAAAGUAUAUUUUAUACUAGGGAUGAUUAUUGGGGAUAAUUUAGGACUAAACACUGUUCUGGGCUUUGCUAAAUCAUUUUCUAGUAACUAUUAUUGUAGAAUAUGUAAGGCUCAUAAAAAUAUAAUGGGAAAACAAUGUAAGCAAGAUGACGGUUUAAUGCGAAACCAACACAAUUAUAGCACUGAUGUCGAAAUCAACAAUGUUACAAUGACAGGUAUAAGUGAACAGUGUGUAUUUAAUGAUAUUAGCAGUUUUCAUGUUGUUGAUAAUUUAUGUGUUGACAUUAUGCACGAUAUAUUUGAAGGCGUUUGUCAUUAUGAUCUGACUCACAUUAUUCUGUAUUUUACAGAAAGCAUAACAUUGUUCACUUUAGUCAACUUGAAUAAUAGGUUACAAUUAUUUGACUACGGACCUAGUGAGCUAAAUGAUAGAUGUGGAAUAAUAAAACAUGAACAUUUAAUGAAAAGCAAAUUUAAUAUGUCUGCAUCUGAAAUGAUGUUCUUUGUACAUAUAUUUCCUUUGUUGGUGGGAGACUUAAUACCUGAAGAUGACAAAGUAUGGCAAUUCUUUCUUACACUGCUAGAAAUUAUUGACAUUUUACUUUGUAGGGAUAUCGAUAAUUGCACACUAUUGUAUUUAGAAACCUUAAUAAGUGAACAUCACGAAAGUUAUGUCAAACUAUUUCACGACAACUUAAAACCGAAGCACCAUUUUAUGGUACAUUAUCCGCAUGUCAUAAAGCAAGUAGGACCUUUAAGACUAACAUGGUGUAUGCGAUUCGAAGCCAAACACAAACAAUUGAAAAGAACGGCAUCUCUUAUAACGUCUAGGAAAAAUUUGCCAUUGACUUUAUUAAUAAAAGAACAAUUGACUCUUGCUCACAGACUUUACACUGGAAAAGGAUGUGAAACAAGAAUCGAGUUGGGUACUAGGACAUCUGACACACUGAAUAGUAUUUAUGAAUAUA